AUGACUGCAAGAGACAACUUGAAAAGAAAAGCAAUCAUUACCAAACUUGAAACAGAUUGGGAAAACUAUAAAAAAGCCAGAAAUGAAACCAACACUCUACUAAGACAGGCCAAAAGAGAUUAUUACUCCAAAAAAAUAUCUACAGAAAAGCAAAAUCCCAAAGCUGCUUGGAAGACAAUUAAUACUUUGCUUGGUAAACAUAAUCAACCAACUAAAGUAAAUGAAUUAAACGUAAAUGAUAUGAAAUUGAAUAGCCCCAAUGAUAUUGCUGAGGGCUUCAAUACCUUCUUUUCAAAUACUGGACCAAAUUUAGAUGAAAAAAUUGGUUCAACAGAAUGCCAUUUUAAAGGCUACCUUGACAAAAGUAAUUCUGAAUUUACUGCAUUCAAAUCAGUUUCUGUAAACCAUGUUUGUCUUUUACUACGUGAACUAUCUGGUAGCAAAGCUAUUGUUCUAGAUGGCUAG